CCGAGGGAAGGAACGGUGUUGAACUCCACUGAAGUGUGCGGCGUUUUGCAUAGCAGGCAUGGAGCUGGCGUCCGGUUCUUCUACGGUGAUAGUUUGCUGACAACGACUGAAUUGCGAAUAAUACGAGCGCUUCCCUUCGAUCCCUUUUUUCACCUACGCACUCUCCUUCAGAUCUGGGUAGCGUAAGAAGGAUGGAGGUCAAGUGUGAUGAUGCAGGAAUUGAAGAUGAAAUAGAACUUGAACUGAGCAAAAUCAGCUUUUCUUCCUCAGAAGCAGAUGAUUCUGAUACUGAAUUAUCAAUAAAAGCCUCAAGUGACAGCGAACUAAUUUCAGAUGAACUGCCAGAAUCAGUCAUCCAUUAUUUAAAUUUUGUGAGAAGUAGAAGUCAAAAUGCAGAAAGACUUAUCUUGCAAGAUUUGGAAAAUGAUGAAAAGUCAAGUGAUAUCUACAGUGUUGUUCCUAACAAUGCUUCACAAUGUUUGGCUCAGUUGGCUUCUGAAUAUAAUGAAGAUCCAGAAGAAUUAAAGAAGAGGGUAUACACACACAUAGAACGUGAGGAACAACAGAUGAAUGAAGCACCUGAUAAUACUACUGAUUCCAACAAUGAUGGAAACAUUCCUUCCCAUGAAAUUGCUGAUGGAUGUUCUUUGGCAGAUGAUGAUGAAGACACCCUUAUUAGCUUUUCUUUUCAAGAAGUUGAAGAACGAUGCAAGCAAGAAUAUGAGCUUUGGGCAGAAAAGCAAAGAGAACUUGAACAUGAAAGAAUAAAGCAGCUGAAAGCUAAAAGGGAUAUGAAAGAAAUACUAAGAGAGGAAGAGGAAAAAAAGAGAAAACUACGUCAGGAGGAACUAGAGGCUGAACGAAUGAAGUUAGAAAUGUUUCAUGCGCAACAACAGGCUGUGAUGGAAAAGGAACUGCUGAAAGAGAAGGAAGCUUGGAAAGAACAACUAAGACACCACGAGGAACUGAUUAACAACCUACACACACAAAUACAAGAAGAAAAAACGGCCUUUGACAAACAGCAAGCAAUGGAAAGACAACAACAGAGAGAACGGCAAAAUAUGGCUGCUGUAAAAAUCCAAACUACAUUUAGAGCAUUUGCAGCUUAUAAAAAAUAUGCUCCUAUCUUGAAACAACAGACAAUGGAACUAAAAAGAAAAAGAGAAUUGCAAGAAGCUGUGGAAAGGGAAAUGAAAGAAAAGCAAGAAAGAUGGAAUAGGAGAGUUCAAGAAAAGAAGGAACAAGCAGAGAAAGAAAGAAAAAUCCGAGAAGAUCAAGAGAAGGAAGAGCAUGUAGCAAAGAUGAAGAGGUAUGAAGAAUAUGAAAAGAAGAAAGAAAUUAUGAGGGUUCACAGAGAGCAACUAAUGUUGGAAGAACUGAAAAGGGAAGAAAAUGUUAAACUCAAAUCUGUGAUAGAAAAGAAAAUAAACUCUGAAAAUAUGGACAAAGACAUUCAGCUGGCCAAGAAGGAACAAGAAAUAGGAAAAGCAAAAGAAGAUAAUAAAACUGAAAAAAUAAAAAGGUGCUUAGAACCACAAAACAUCAGUACAACUUUGGAAAUGGCAGAUAAGGAAAAAGAAAUCCAAAUGCUAAAGGAAAAAGAAAAAGAUAUUGAUGAAAAAGCACAACUAAUUAAGGAAAAGGAAGAGAAUAAACAAAUUCAAGAAAUAAGCCAUGAGGAAAAGAAAGUAGAUGGCAAUAAUAUAAUACUUGAGAAAGUAGGACUUGCCAAUAUAGGAAGUGAAGAUGAAAAACUGAAAUCUGGAAGAGAAGAACAUCUCACUGAACUAAAUAAUGAAAAAUCAGUAAAGAAUGAUAUAAAUUACCUUUGUUUGGCUACUAUAGAUUUGCAGGGAAAUAUUAACACAAAUCCUCUCAAUACGGAAAAUAUUACACUACUUAAUCAAGAAAGCAGUGUGCCUAGCAAACACAGUAGCGUAGAUUCUGGAGACACUAGACAAAUGGAUGAGCCGUAUGCUUCUGAAAAUAUGAAAAUGGAGCUAGGUCUAAAAGAGAGUCAUGAAGAAGCCACUGAUGUCUGGGCGAAAAGUGAAAACUCAGUCAGUCUGGCUGAGCAGCCACUCAUGUUUUCUGAUUCUAUUGAAGAAAAGAGAUUAUUGUGGAUGAAGACAUGUAAAUCCUGGUCUAGAAUAUAUAUGGAACAUCAGAAGAAGAAAAUAAUUGAUAGAAACAGACCUCGGAAAUGCUCAGCUAACCUAAUGCCUCCCCUGAGUGCUGCUAUGAUAAUUGAGGCCGGCUCUUGGAAUGCCUUACAGCAGGUGACCACAGUUACCUUUCAAGAUUUGCCUGGCUGCAGCCUAUCCACGUUGUCUCAGUGUUCAAAGCUUCAGUUCUUAAGUCUUAGACGUUGUGGAUUACUUGCAUUGGAAGGACUUAGCAACUGCAAAAAUCUGAAGUACAUAGAUGUAGAGGAGAACAAUAUUCAGGUGAUUGAUUGUGAGAAUCUGGAAAACCUCUGCAUUCUACUUCUGAACAAAAAUAAUAUCUCAUGUAUUCAUGGUUUAUUUGGAUGCACUAAUCUAUGGAAUCUUGAACUUUCCUACAAUAAAAUCACUCGAAUUGGUGGCUUGGAGUCAUUGAAAAAUCUCCAGCGGCUGGUUGUGAGUCACAAUCAAUUGAUCAGCACCAAAGGGCUUUCUGAUACUCCUACUCUAGUCUAUAUAGAUUGCUCCUUUAACCAUCUUAAUGAAGUUGAAGGAAUUCAAAAUUGUGGUCUUCUUCAAAUCCUGAAGUUGCAGGGGAAUAACCUCAAUGAGUUCCCCAGCCUGGAAAAUCAUGUCCUGCUAAGAGAAUUAUACUUGGAAGAUAAUAGUAUCUCAUCACUGGAAAUAUGUUCUACAUAUUGGCUGCCUUUGCUACAGAUACUUCUUCUCUCACAAAACAGUUUGACUCAGCUUGCACCUCUUUUUUCAUUCAUCUCUUUGAAAAAGCUAGAUAUCAGCAACAACUGCUUAUUAGAUACUAAAAGCAUCAUCCAGUGGUUUGGUGGCUGUGACAGUUUAAGGGAAUUGUCCAUACAAGGAAAUCCACUUCUUCUGGAAGAGAAUUGGCGGUGCACCUUACUAAAAAUUCUGCCUAAUCUGAAAAUACUUAAUGAUGAAAACAUAAGGUCAAAUGAAGAAAUCCCAGGUGAAAGAAUUAAAAAUAGAGCAGAACCAGGAACUUUUGCAGCAUUUUGCCAAGUUCAGAUUCAAGCAAUUGACUUUGUCAGCAAAAAAGCUACAACUAGGUUAUUAGAGGAAUUCUCCACAGAAGCUGUACAGCUGCAGUGCUUGUAUUUUAUGAAGCUGAUGAAACUUAGUAGUGAACACCGCUACUCACAUGAAUAUGGAGUGCUAAACAAUACUGAAGGAGAAGAACCAGAAAAACAGACAUAUCAUUUGAACCAAGAAGCCAUUAACAUCACAGAGAAAAAUAACUUCUUUAUCGCUGGUGUAAAAGAAAAUAAGCAGGUCUCGUUGAAUAUGCCUGAAAGAUGGAUUACUUCUGGCCACACUCAGACUAGGUCUGUUAACUCAUUCAUGGCCCUGGCUGGAAUGGGAAAGAAUCAUGAAUACAAGCAAAGGAAGAAAGCUAUUCAACAUUUCCUCAACCACAAUGGACAAAGCAAAGAUAACAACAUAUUAAUCAGUCCUAAGAGAAACAAAUUCAGCAAGCAAAUCAUGGCAAGUAAUGGAGGAAAUUACCUUCAACAUUUUGACAGUUUGCAAAACAUGGCAGCCACAGUUAUCCAGUCAUGCUGGAGAAGCUAUAGAGUUCGUAAAGAUAUCAAUUUCUUUACAAGGCUACAUCUGGCAGCAACUGUAAUCCAGUCUUUUUGGCGGAGCUACUGUGUGAAAAAAAAGACAGUCAGCUACAGUAAAGAGGGUGAUCAUUUCAUGGAUGAGAAUAAAGCUGCAACUAUACUUCAGGCACUUUGGAAGGGUUUCUGUUUGCGAAAGAAGCUAGCCAGUGCUCUUGCAGCUGUUAAGACUGAUGAAGCUGAGGAUGACUAUAGAGAAGUAAAUGUGGAUGACUUUUUGUCUGAUGCAUCUGCCAUGGAGAACGAAUGGCCAGCCUUAGAUUCCACCCGCUUCCUUUCACAAACACCACUAUUCUCAGACCGAUUGCCCUCGCCAAAGUAUAAUGAACCUGCAAGAAGUGAGGAAAAUUCACAUUGUUUAAAGCAACUUCCACAUAAAACUUGGCAGCUUAAGGACAGGUCAAAAUCAUUCUUGUUGGGAAACAGCUGGAUUAGUAACAGGUCAGAAAAGAGUACACAUUCAUGGCAAUCCAGCAUGCAACUUCCCCAAAAGUCAUCACUAAGACUAGAAAAAGAAGAAAAAAUUUCAGAAGAAUGGGGUUUUAAAGAUAUUUCUACUGCACAGUUGAUGCUAAAGAGAGCUCAUAAAAUGAAAGCAAAGAAAUCUAGUUCUAAGAAACUUGACCCAGCUGUGCGCCUGGCGUUGUUCAAAAACAAUGAAAAUAAACAUCCCCCUAUGAAACCACCAAAGAAGGCACAGACUGCAAAAACUAGUUACUUUGAAGGAAUGGAAGAGGAAUUUUCUCAAAUAGAUAAGUGUGCAGAGAAGAUGGAAGGAAGCAAAGAACGUACAUACAAAUGGCUUCAUACACAGGUUUGGGAUUAUGAAGGAGCUAGUCCCAGAACUGAAAAAUGCAAACAUUUCUUGCCUGAGAUAGACCCAGAGGUUCUCAAGGGAGGAAAAGUUCAGCUUGUGACAAGCCCUGUAAGGAGAGAAGACACGGAUUUAGAGCUUGUUUCCAUGACCAGUGGAAGUACUUUGACUCAGAACAGAGAAAAAAAUAAUCAGCCACACAGACACUCUCCAGGAUCUUCAAAAAAGGAUGCACCUGCACCUGAGAGAUCACGUUUGGGCCCCUCACAAAAAGAACGGAUAUCAUUUCGAGACCAUCCGGUUCAUCUCAGCGCUGGAUGGGGAAGUGGCAAAAAGAAAGCAAAACCUUUGAAAUAGUAGUUGGACAUUCAGCAUUUAAAACAUAUGGAGAGCUGUUUCUUUUCAGCAGGCCUGUGAAUUGCCAUGAUUUUUAGAUUUCACAGAUGCAGAACUCCU